AUGGUUGCCACCAUUGUGUGCAGACCCUUGAGCUAACUUACGUAGUACUUGCACAGCAACUACAUCCUGGGCUGUGGAAAGAGUAUGGACGUGAUGAUCUCAACGGUGCUCCAAGUCAGAAUUGGUCAAAUAACUGUGGAGUGUUUGUGUUGAUGUACACACUCUAUGUUGUAAUGGGAGGCGUCUUUGAUUUUUCUGAGUCUGACAUGGCUGCAGUAAGGAGAUGGUGGUGCUUGCUCCUGCUAACAAAUUAUCCUGUGAAACCAGAUGCUGAAAGAAAGCUACUCAGAAAAAGGCGCAAAGAAAUGAAAACAGGUAUAACUUUAACUAAAAUAGGAGAAUUGGAAAAGGAAGCAGAAGCUGAUUACAUAAGUAAGAUGCCACCUGAGAUCCUGAGACAUAUCCUCUUGAAUGCGGUCAAAGAAGAUGAAGAUGUGGCCUUCUUCAGACUGUCUCUGACAUGCUGGCUUUUCCAUGAUGUUGUUUGUGACGCAUCAUUCAGAAAAGACGCUCAUUUAGCCUGGCUUGACAGUGUUGUCAACUGGAGUGCAUACUCCAGUGACUACAAGGAGAUGUACCGAGUGCCAUAUAAAGUGACCAGUUGCCUUUGCUGUGGGGACUUAUUUAAAGACUUCCCGCCAGGCUAUAUUGGAGAUGGAAGGAAAGGAAUCCUUCGUGCAUUUUACUCGACCAAAGAGUUUGAAGGUUACUGCUCAGCAGACUGCUUCAUCUGUGACGGCAAUCACUAUAGCCCCAAGGACAACAAUUUAUAAAGUUAAAUAUGAAUUGUCACUUGAGUGACUAUUGCUUGAUCUGACUGCUGUGUUUGUAUAUUGAACUUAAAUUCAGGGUUUGUUUUCUUUUAUUAUUAUUUUUUUAAUAAAUGUACUUGCAUGUCUUGCAGACACUUAACAGCAAAUUAAGAGGAAUCUUAUGUACAGAUCACGGUUGAAAACCAGACAAAAUAUCAUUUUUUAUAUAUAUAUAGCACUUUUGUUUAUUUUG